GAGGUGGCCCACGGCAGCCCGCCGGCUGCGGAUGUUCUGGCUCGCGACGGAGAUCGGCAGGUGCUGGCGGGCCCCAAGGCGUUGGAGGAGAGCUCGCCCAUGCCGCUGGAGGAGAGCUCGCCCGCGCCGCCCCCCAAACGCCCGCGGUGCCAGGAGCGGGGGCUGCAAGACGAGGGGCUGCCGUCGGAACCCACGCAGCCCGAGGGGAUGGAGGCCGAGGAACGCCCGCCCACGCAGGCCGAGGAAGGCGAGGGCGAUGCUCGGGAGGGAGAGCGCCCGCUUGCGCCCCCCGCCCCCGCGGGGGCGGGCCCGGCGGAGGAGAGCCCGCCCGCGGCGCUGGAGGGUCCGCCGCCCAAGCGCCCGCGGUGCGAGGAAGCGGCGCCGCCCAAGCCUGUCGGGGGCGGCUUCCAGGAGUACUGCGUCUUGCAUCGCAAGCAGCCAAGGCAUUCCGGCUUGAGCGGCAGCGCGGUGCUCGUUCGCCUCUCGGAGGAGUGGAAGGGUCUCACGGACGCCGAGAAGGCUCCCUUCAAGGAGGCGCACGAGCAGGCGAUGCAGGCGUGGCGCUCCGCGCGCGCCGCCGAGCCGCGGACAGCCGCCGCGGCCACCGCCGAGGCGCCGCGGAGGCCCGUCGGGGGCGGCUACCAGCAGUUCGCGGCCCAGUGGAGGCGAGGCGAUCACGGCGGGGUGUCGGCGGCGGCGAAGUGGCGGGAACUCUCGGCCGAGCAGAAGGCCCCCUUCAGGGAGGAGUGCGACCGCGCCGCGCAGGUGUGGCAGGCCGCUCGCGAAGCCGAGCGCCUUGCGGCCGAUGGCGGCGCGGCUGCGCCGCGCCGCCCUGUGGGGGGCGGCUACCAGCAGUUCGCCGCCCAUUGCAGGCGAGGCGGCCACGGCCGGGAGGCGGUGGCGGCGAGGUGGCGGGAACUUUCAGCCGAGGAGAGGGCCCCCUUCAGAGAGGAGUACGACCGCGCCGUGGAGGAGUACAACGCGGCCAUGGAGUCGUGGAGGGCAGCCCCCGGCUCGGCGGCCGCCGGCGCGAGGGCGCCCCCUGCGCCCGCGGAGCCGCUUGUGGUGCCCCCUGCGCCCGCGGAGCCGCCUGUGAGGCCGCCCCCCGCGGUUCCGCUCAUCGAGCUGUACCAGGACCGCGUCCUCGCCCGGGCCAACGGGUUAAGCAUCAGGCAGCCGUUCAUCUCCAGGUUCGACCCGUCCAGGCCGCAGGGGACCGUGAAGACAGCCGAGCUCAGGAAGAAUCAGUCUCGCAAGCAGCGCGGCGACGAGGUGCUCCUGUUCGAGUGCAACACCGACUGGCGCCUGGACGGCGAGGCUGCUUGGUGUCUCCUGUUCAAGGCCAAGUUCUGCCGGAGCGAGGCCGUCCCGCGCUCCCGCAUCGACGACCCCGAGCACUACGAGGCCCACCAGGUGACCCCCACUGAGGUGGCCCACUACUUGCAGGACUUCGCGGACGACAAGGAGGCGCAUCUGUGGCACUUCUAUGACGUCACCCCCGUGUUCCCGCCCGUGCUGAGGAAGGUCGCGCCGGGUGAGCAGACGUGGGUAUUUUGCACGCCCACGCAGCUGUUGCCCCUCGGUAGGGGCACCCAGCUGAUCUGA